UAGUCAACACUCACGUUUAGUACUGCCUACCAGUACUACUCACAUAUACAUACCUCUUUUGCCAUUUUUAUCAUGGCGAUUUCUUUUUGACAUUUGACUACGACUGGGCGCACGUGUUUUCUGGCAAGGCUCUGUGCUAAAUUAUAGUAAAAUCAAAAUGAACCCGGAGAAGCUGAAGAAGUUGCAAGCGCAGGUGCGCAUUGGCGGCAAGGGCACCCCCCGCCGCAAGAAGAAGAUCGUCCACUCCACGCCCGCCACCGACGACAAGAAGCUGCAGUCGUCGCUCAAGAAGCUGUCGGUGAACACAAUCCCCGGCAUCGAGGAGGUGAACAUCAUCAAGAACGAUGGCACCGUCAUCCACUUCAACAAUCCGAAGGCCCAGGCCUCGCUGCCGACGAACACGUUCGCCAUCACAGGCCAUGGCGAGAACAAGACGAUCACCGAGAUGGUGCCCGGCAUCCUGACGCAACUGGGUCCCCAGGACAUCAACCAGCUGAAGAAGCUGGCCACGGAGAUUGCCAACAAGACCGGCGCCGGCGGCGCAGCCGGCUCUUCGGCCGCCGAUGCCGGUGACGAUGAUGUGCCCGAUCUGGUCGAGAACUUUGAGGAGGUGGCCAUCGCCGGCACAAAGGAGGAGAAGUCCGGUGAGGUGGCGGCCUCCGCUUAGGCAGGUCCAACCCCGCCCGCCCGGGCAAAUCACACCACACACACCGAAAACAAAAACAUACAUACAAAACAUACGGGGCCAGGGAGCAAGACGAAGGGGCAGGCAUACAGGACAGGACCCACACCCCAGAUGCCGGAAUUACACCUACCAUUUAGCCAUUCCGGUUUCAAAUCGGAAAC